UCCAGACUCCAUGUUGAGUCAACAGAGCAGAAGGAGGAAAACUGAAGACUGAGGCAGGUCAGUGUUCCUGUUUGACCUCUCAGACUGACUUCAGAUCAGAAGAUGAGUGAUUGUGUGGAGGAAGAGGAGGACGGAGCAGAGUCUCUAGUCUCUGGCUGUCUGUCUAUGAAGAGUGAUCAGUCUAAAGAUGAACCUCUGACCUUCAGUAAUGAACCUGGACCCUCAGAGUCAAAAGAGAAGAAGAGGAGUCAUGCUUCUGUGGAGGAGCUGAUGUCCAGAUCCAGAACAAGACCUAGACCUCAGACAGCCAGUCAGACCAGCACUGUACAAAGUAAGACUGUUGUAGAUAAACAUAAGAUUAGUCUGAAGAAGAGAUGUGAAUGUGUGACUGAAGGAACUGAUGAAACAGGAAGUGGAACCCUCCUCAACAGGAUCUACACUGAGCUCUACAUCACAGAGGGACAGAGUGAAGAGGUUAAUACCCAACAUGAGGUGAGGCAGCUUGAGACAGCUUCCAAGAAGAAGACCCUCCAUGACACUCCAAUCAAGUGCCACGACAUCUUUAAAGCCUUACCUGACCAACAGGGACACAUCAGAGUCAUUCUGACGAACGGCGUCGCUGGCGUUGGAAAAACCUUCUCAGUGCAGAAGUUCACUCUGGACUGGGCAGAGGGCUUGGAAAACCAAGAUGUCAGUCUGGUGGUUCUGCUUUCGUUCAGGGAGCUGAACUUGAUCAGAGAUGAGCAGUACAGUCUUCUCAUGCUGCUCCAUGUUUUCCAUCCAACAUUACAGAAGGUUACAGCAGAGAAGAUCGCUGACUGUAAAGUUCUGUUCAUCUUUGACGGCCUGGAUGAAAGCAGACUCUCACUGGAUUUCAAGAACAACGAGUUUGUGUCUGAUGUCACCCAGAAGUCAUCAGUCAACGUGCUCUUGACAAACCUCAUCCAGGGGAAUCUGCUUCCCUCAGCUCUCGUCUGGAUAACUUCCCGACCUGCAGCGGCCAAUCAGAUCCCUCCUGCAUGUGUUGACAGGGUAACAGAAGUACGAGGCUUCACUGAUGCCCAGAAGGAGGAAUACUUCAGGAGGAGAGUCAGUGAUGAAAAGCAGUCCAGCAGAAUCAUCUCACACAUCAAGACCUCCAGGAGCCUCCACAUCAUGUGUCUAAUCCCAGUCUUCUGCUGGAUCACUGCUACAGUUCUGGACCACAUGUUGACUACAGACCAGAGAGGAGAACUGCCCAAGACCCGGACUGACAUGUACUCACACUUCCUGGUGGUUCAGACAAAGAGGAAGAGGCAGAAGUAUGGUGAGGGACAUGAGACGAGUCCACAGGAGCUGACAGACGCUGAGAGGGAAGUUCUUCUGAAGCUGGGGAGGCUGGCGUUUGAACAUCUGGAGAAAGGAGACAUCAUGUUCUACCAAGAAGACCUGGAGCGGUGUGGUCUGGAUGUCACAGAGGCCUCGAUGUACUCAGGAGUUUGUACAGAGAUCUGUGUGAUCUUCCAGAAAAAAGUCUACUGCUUUGUUCAUCUGAGCAUUCAGGAGUUUCUGGCUGCAGUCUACAUGUUCCACUGUUACACAAACAGCAACACAGAGGUACUGGAGGCCUUCCUGGGAAAAACAUACGUUCAAUCAACUCUGGAUGUCUUUCUGAGGAGAGCCAUGAAGAAAUCCCUUGAAAGUAAAAAUGGCCACCUGGACCUGUUUGUUCGCUUCCUUCAUGGCCUCUCUCUGGAGUCCAACCAGAAGGUCUUUGUAGGUCUGUUGGGUCGGACAAAGAGCAGUUCAGAAAGCAUCCACAGAGCCAUUAAAAACCUGAAGGAGAUGAACAGAGAUAAUACCUCUCCUGAUAGAAGCAUCAACAUCUUCCGCUGUCUGACGGAGAUGAACGACCACUCAGUACAUCAGGAGAUCCAAGAGUUCCUGAAGUCAGAGAACAGAUCAAAGAAGGAACUCUCUGAGAUCCACUGCUCAGCUCUGGCCUACAUGCUGCAGAUGUCAGAGGAGGUUCUGGAUGAGUUGGAUCUGAAGAAGUACAACACAACUAAGGAGGGACGACUGAGACUGAUUCCAGCUGUAAGGAACUUCAGAAAAGCUCUACUUUCUGGCUGUGGACUCUCACGUACUGACUGUGAAGUUGUGGCCUCAGCUCUGAAGUCCAACCCUUCCCAUCUGAGAGUGCUGGACCUGAGUUACAACAACAUGAAGGAUUCAGGAGUGAAGCCGCUGUCUGGUGGACUGGAGAGUCCAAACUGUAGACUGGAGACUCUGGGAUUGUGGGGCUGCAGUUUGUCAGAGAUCAGCUGUGCUUCUCUGGUCUCAGUUCUGAAGUCCAACCCCUCCCAUCUGAGAGAGCUGGAUCUGGGUGGAAACUACCUGCAGGAUUCAGGAGUGAAGCUCCUGUGUGGUUUUCUGGAGAGUCCACACUGUAGACUGGAGACUCUGAGAUUAAGGGACUGCAGUUUGUCAGAGAUCAUCUUUGUUUCUCUGGCCUCAGCUCUGAAGUCCAACCCCUCCCAUCUGAGAGAGCUGGAGCUGAGUGAAAACAACCUGAAGGAUUCAGGAGUGAAGUUGCUGUGUGGUUUUCUGGAGAGUCCAUACUGUAGGCUGGAGAAUCUGAGAUUGUGGUGCUGUAGUUUGUCAGAGAUCAGCUGUGCUCCUCUGGCCUCAGCUCUGAAGUCCAACCCUUCCCAUCUGAGAUACCUGGAUCUGAGUGGAAACAAGCUGCAGGAAUCAGAUGUGAAGCUGCUGUCUGAUCUUGUGGAGAGUCCACACUGUAGACUGGAGAUUCUGAGCUGGGAGUGGUGAUCUCUGUCAGAGUGAGUGAUCAGAAAGGAGGAUGUGUUGAGAGGAUCAGCCGUGUCCUGAUGAUCCACAGAGGUUCACCACCUGGACCUGGAUCUUAUUUGGUCUUUUUUUUAAUUUAUUCAUAUAUUCUGAACCCAAAAUGCCUCUGCAGAGUAGUUCAGUUUAUGACAACAUAACUGUAGAUUAACACAUUUAAAUAGAUCUUUCUGCUCUG